AAAUCUAACAAGCAGCUUGGAGUUACCUCCCUAUGUGAGCUCGUGUCAGUAGUAAACAAUGAGGCGAGUUUAGAUCACUGCUUAGCAACUGAGAAAGCAGCAUGGCGGCAGUGGAAGAAGCAGAUAAAUAUUAUUUAGAACGGGAGGAAGUGAUCGAUGACAGCUCCGAUUAUUAUAAGUAUGAACAAGUCCCAGUGGAUGAGGAAUUCAUACCUGCAGAAUUGGAUGAGGAUCUGGAUUUUGCAGUCAGAACAGUGAGAGAAGCUGUUGAGGAUGAAGAAGCAGGGAUACAAACAUCACAGGCAGUCAAGCCAUCUCUUAUCCAGAAGCCAGAAGUUGUAGAUGACUUUGUGCGCAACUUUCUUGUUCGCAUGGGCCUGACAAGGACAUUAGACUGCUUUCAAACUGAGUGGUAUGAACUCCAGCAACGUGGCCUGCUUCAUGAAGAGAACAUUGAUGUUGUGCCAGAUGUCUAUAGUCACAACAGCAAUCUAGACAGUGAGGUCAAAUUUCUAAAGCAGGAAGUUGUCAAGUUCAAGAAUGCAGCUUUGAAGGCCAAGGAGACAUAUGUGAAGCUGAGAAAGGAGCGUGACUAUCACCGCAUGCACCACAAGCGGGUGGUACAGGAGAAGAACAAGCUGAUUGAUGAUAUCAAGCGUCUCAAGCGGCACUACAUGCAGUAUGAACCCACACUCCAACAGCUUAAGACCAAGUACGAAGUAGCCAUGAAGGAGAAGAUGCUGGUCAGACUGGAGCGGGAUCGUGUGGCUGGACAAAUUAUUGGCUUACAGAACACAUUGAAGAGUAUGGAACCCACAAAAUCUGAGACAUUUUCUAAAGGUCAUGGUGCACAACCUAGGCAACAAUCUAUGCAAGGUGAAAAGGUCUUGGGGCCAACACAGCGAGCACUGGUUGAGGCACGGCUGAAGACAGAGAAGAGCAAAGAUGUGGUCCAACAUCCUGAGCACUUCAAGCGCCACCCAAAAGACUCAAAGUUUCCUGAGGACAUUGGUGUUAAUCCCAGCCUUAACAAGAAAGGAUCCAGUGUUAUUAUAAAUACUGGAAAUUUCCGCCAAACUGCCUCCUUCCAGGCCCACACUCAGGCUGUCAGUAGCUUGGCCCUUCAUCCUCAUAAACAGAUCCUUUGCACCACAAGUGAUGACCACACGUGGAAGAUCUGGGCUGUUCCUUCCGGGGACCCCAUUUUUACAGGCUCAGGUCACACUGAAUGGGUGUCAGAUUGUGAAUUCCACCCCAACGGCUCAACCCUGGCCACAACAAGUGGUGACACUACUGUCAAAAUAUGGAACUUUGCAGAGUCAGGCUGUACUCAUACGUUCACUGACCAUACUUCAGCAGUGUGGAGCUGCUCAUGGCAUUUCUGUGGCGAUUUCCUGGCCACAUGCUCAAUGGAUAAUACAUCAAAAAUAUGGGAUCUGAACAGCCUGAGAUGUCGUUAUACACUUCGAGGACAUGCUGAUUCUGUGAACAGUAUUGAGUUCUUAUACUACUCUAACUUGCUGUUGUCUUGCUCUGCUGACAAAACCUUGUCCAUCUGGGAUGCACGCACUGGUCUGUGUGUACAGACAUUUUAUGGACAUAUGCAUUCUGUCAACCAUGCAACGUUCAGUCCAAGGGGUGACACUAUCGGGUCUUGCGACUCCUAUGGUGUAGUUAAGAUAUGGGAUGUCAGAAAGCUAGCUGUUAUGACCAGCCUUAAUCUUGGACCACACCCUACUAAUGAAGUGGUUUUUAACCCAUCAGAUAACACAGAAGAAGGUUUGGUGGUUGCUGUUGCUAGCAAUGAUGGAACCAUCAAGGUGCAUGAGAUUUCAACUGGGCUGACAUCUUCCCUUUCUGGCCAUGGAGAUGCUGUUCAGUGUGUUCUCUUUGAACAAAAUGGAGAUUUCUUAGUGUCUGGUGGCACUGAUAAGACAGUGCGCAUCUGGUGCUAAAAAACAACUUUCAGUUAGCCCUACCAAACAGAAAUCUUUCCCAUACAACCCCUACUUAGUAUUCUACUUGGAGCAUACACUUCUACAAAUAUAAAUUUUAAGUUAGUCUAACAUUUUAUUUUUCAUGUUCUAUCCAAGACAUUAUCUAAAUAAAAUUAUUAAAUGAUGUAUCUAAAAUACUUCUGAUGUAAAUAUGAAACAGAAAAAUGUAUGUAUAUAUGAGUACAGAGUCGGCAUUGGGGAGGAUAGGGGGAGACAGCAGGGUUGACCGCCCAAGUCCCCAUGCCUGAUGGGGGCCCCGCACUAAGAAGUGGGUAUGUUGUACUGGCUUCCAAAGGCCCUGCAGUUCUAUCUGCUCAAGGCCCUGCAUCCCCCUAGUGCCGACUCUGACGAGUAAGAAUUAAGUAUUCUUAAUUUUGUGAUAAAUUUUGCAUAGACAUUCUGUGAUGCAUAUUACAAUCACUUAAAAGAAAUAUAAGAUAUAAAGGGCCUGA